AUGCCACCGCUUGCUGCUGCUCUACCACGCGGCAAUCCAGCAGGGGCGCCACACUCCGCAAACGAAGCUGUUCCUCCCCACACAUCUACGCCGACGUCGGCUGCACCGACGACGACCGAAGACGCCACGAGCCGAUGGGAAGCACAUAUACGGUCCGAAUGGCUUGCCCCGCCCGCUCCAUUCCCGUCCUCGUUCUCAUCCUGUUCGUCAGUGGGAUCGAUCAGAGGCAGCAGCGACAGCUUGGCCCGAACCGGCGGCCGCAGAGGACGUCCGCUUGACCCUGUGUUUCGGGAAAGACUGCGCCAACUGGAACGAAUGCUACGAUUUCAAGGAACAGGGAUUGAAGACGGCGGUUCAGAUGGUCCGACUCUACCGACGGGAUCCAGCACGUCUCACGCGCCCGCUGCUACAGCUGCCGUCGCCGAGGAAACUGAAAGUCCGAAUCGUUCGGUCGAGGUCGGGGAGACCCCCGACGGAGGAGAUGUGAUCGGAGUGGUCACAGGACGACGCAACGAGCUCAAGAAGGCGAAUGAGGUAGGUCUCCUAUCAUGAUGGGGCCUGUGCGGGUCCGACGCGGUUUCAAUAUGGCAGAGGUUGAAGCUUCGCAAUGGUGAUCAUCAUGAUCCCAUUCUGUCAGGGCAUCCUGUUGGCGUUCAAGCAGGGUAGAGUACUGAGAGAACCGCUUCCUCUAUCUUUGGUUGUGAGUCGUCUUGCAUUUUAUUCCGUCGGGCGUCGGGGUCGAAUGAUUCCCGAGUUUGAACCCUGGUCAUUUCUGUUCAUUCUCUCUCGCGCUCGCGUUGUACGAGCAGACGGCAUUAUUGUAUCGGUCUUGGUACGUGGUACCCGUCAGAAUCGAUGUUUGAAUCAUUCCAUAGCUUUGCUCACCUUUAGUUUCGUGCCACAUUUUUCUUACUUCUCAGGGAAAUGGACGGGACCAUCCCUGUCGACUACGUGCCCCCCAUAUCGGCGAACCCGCCACCAAAUGGAUCGUCCCAAGUCAGGGCACGUCAGGAUCACAUCAAGCACACAGACACAGAAACGGGGACAAGGGUGGAGACCCCGUUACCCGAAGUUUGCAGUGGAGCGGGAGGCCCGUCAGAAUGGCCAGGCGUACACGGGGAUGCAGGACAAGACGGAGCACCACCGGGAGACUUGAGGCCAAAGAUGAAAAUGGAUCGGCUGAAAGGUGCCAGAUGGCGCACCGAAAAGGAGGUAGCGAGCGGUAGCGAUGUGAUAUGA